CUUGGGCAGCGAUGGCUGGAGAAGGUCAAGAAGCAGGCUCCCGAGCUCAAGACGAUACUCGCACAGCGCAAAGAAGUCAGCCGUCACGCGGCCGAAAAUGACCCGCUCAGGCUGAAGAAGCUCUACGACAAUAUAGAAGAAACGGACAGGACAUACAAUAUCAAGCCGAGUAACAGCUGGACCAUGGACGAGACGGGAUUUCUGCUCGGGGUGUCGUGUCGAGAGCACGUAAUUAUAUUUCGGAGGCGAGAUGCGACUGGAAAGACCAUAUCGGGGUCUGGGAAUCGCUCUCAGAAUCGAGAGAUGUUGACGUCGAUAGAGUGUGCCUGCACGGAUGGUGAACCUUUGGAACCAUGCUUCAUCAUGAAGGGGAAGUACGUUACGCACGGCUGGGUGAAAGGGAGCCCGAUGGAGAACGCUUGGGUGGGAUCAUCCGAGAGUGGGUGGAUCGACAACAAUCUCGCGUGCCUGUGGCUGCAACAGUGCUUUGAGCCAGCUACAAGAAAGAAACUCGCGCAUCCCGACGAGUGGCGGCGUCUCAUCUUCGACAACCACGAGUCACACAUCUCUGUCGAGUUCCUCGAAUACGCGCUUGAUCACAAGAUCAUCUGCGUAGGUCUCCCCCCCAAGACCUCCGCCAUUACAGCUCCGUUAGAUGUUGCUGUCUUCUCAGCGUACAAGGAUGCCUACAAGCAAGCAGUGGGGGAGGAAGUGAAGGCGGGAGUUGCGAUCACAAAGCAGGACUUCACUCGAAUUCUGCCCAAGGCCAGGAAGCGCGCGUUCACGCGUGCCCGCAUUGUUGACGGCUUCGAACGCACGGGCAUCUACCCCCUCAAUCGGGAAGCACUACCAGUCAUGCGUCGCUAUUACGAGUCGCUACGAGCUACUCCCCGCGAGUCAACACCAUCCACACCUCCACCACCCUCCCCUUCGUCAUCAUACGACCCUCUACGACCAAGCAGAGCGCUUCAUCAUCUCUCGGAGCUCGUUCAGGAUCCAGGCUCAACACCGACAAAGGCUAUUCACACCGCUCAAGAACUUGGGACGGAGCUCGAGCAUGCUCGUACACGCACGGCCCUUCAGUACGACCGCAUACGCGAGCUGCAGCAGCACGAUGAGGGACGCAAUAAGAAGCCAGAUCGUCGGCGCGUUGAAGGGGAAUCGCGCAUUUACAGCAUCCGCGAAGUUGAAGAGAAGCGCGCGGAGAGAGAUCGUCGGGAUGCCGAGAAGGCGGCGGGUCGUGGAAGAGGCCGUGGCCGUGGUCGUGGCACGCGUGGUGGUCGUCGUGGACGCGGUGGACGCGGUGGGCGCGGUGGGCGUGGUGGGGGCGGCGGACCGGGUGGGGCAGCUCGCCGGGACUUUGCGCCGUCCCCGAGCAUAUCCAACACCUCAUCAGACUCGGAGGCGUCUAGCGAGGGCGACGAGAUCGCAGACGAUGACGAACUGAUGGACGCAUUCAACGGAAAACCACCUGAACUCAUUGUCGAGGCGACGGCCCCUCCGGACAAGGAGAACGAGGAUCCCAAUGAAGCUCGUGCUCUAUCCUCCACACCAGACACCCAGGAGAGGCCCUUGAAGCGCCGUCGAGUAGCAGUACAACGGUUUGGAGACCCGGUAAUGGGCAGAGACCUCCUUGACCUAGCGUAAAGGGCGUCUCGGGGCUCACUCCAGCGGUGAUCAAAGUCCUGAAUCCUCAAAUUUGUACCUAUUGCUACCAUACUCUAUAUGCGU